GAAUUGCGGCAGUCCUACUAGAAAUUUGUAUUUUGUUGAUAUUAUUUUGAAUUGCGUUUGAGAAAAGAAGAAGCAUUUAUUAUUACAAUUGUUUAUAACAAAAAAUCCUGAAAUGGCUGAAGAAAUAGACGAUAGUGGUUUUUAUAGACAAGAUUUCAGCACAGUUUCUGACUGGGAGGUUUUUAAUGCACAGCUGGGUGAUGUUAUUCAAAAGUUAAAUGCAAUUGAAAUUGAUGUUUCAAACGAAGUCCAUACCUUUGGACCUAACUGGAAAGUGCACACAGAAACUUUUUUACUACAUACUGAUAAAAUUUCUGUAAGUUUGUAUUGUUCAGUACUCCCUAGAGAGGCGGAUGACAAAGAAAACAAAGCGAAUAACUCUAUGUAUGACGAUCUUAUGAAUGUUAAGAGUAUCUUUGGUCCGCCGUUAAAAUCUCCAGAUCAUAAAGGCCUACAUGCAAUAUCUAAUUUAUUUGGAUUGCGUCGAUUUGCUGUCAUCCACCCACAUCAGUCAAACCAAAAAUAUAUAAAUAAGCCAUCUGAGUUUUGUUUUUUCCUCAGUGCUGCAACAGUUGUGGCAGCAGAAUACUGUAGAAUGGUGCCGAUGUUUGUACAAAUUUAUGACCCAAAAUUAAAUAUUUUUUUAGGAGUUGGAAUGAAUGCUACGCUACGAACAAAUUUUGAUGUAGUCGUUCUAAAACAGUCACCUCUCGACUGCCGUUACUUAUCUGGCUUACUGCAAAUUUUUAAGGAGAAACUUCCACGGAGUAAUGUGCAACCAAUUUCGGUAUCAGUACGAAAUAUGUAUGCUUUGCCAACUAAGCGAUUUCGUUAUGCGAUGAAUGUCCCGUUUUUUAAAAGCUUUAAUGAAACCAAUGAUGCGUUUGAGGAUAAAGAUAUAAGUUCGGAGAAAUAUUUAGCCCUUCCAUGUGGUUAUUUCCCAGAUUCGGAGACAGAAGUAUAUCUUGAUUAUAGUUGGCUAGACAUUUCGGAAAACUCUGCAAUUGAUUCGUCACUAUACACUGACUUUGUACCUUCGAAGGCGCCUAAUUGCAAUAUGUACCAAAGAGCGAAUGCUAUUUCCUAUUUGACGAGUUGUUUACGAGAUUUUUUAAAGUUAUAUGACAAUAAAGAAACCUUAGAUGCUUUCUUUGGGCGGAUUGUUACAGAUUCUUCUGAUGGCGUUAAUAUGGCAGCUGCAUUGCAACAUUUGACAGACCCUCAUAUUAGAAACAUUAGAUCAAAUAAUAAAUUGAAUAUCAAGGAAAGUUCUCAGAAUUUGAAGAAAAUUGCUGGGCCAUUAAAUGAAUCGGAGCUAAGGUCAUUUAUAGCAUUUAUCUUCCCUGAUUUAUAUCCAGAUAUUGAAAUAAAUUUUUAUACUAAUGAUAUGAGUCAAAAAAAUGAGUUUGAUCCUCAUCGAAUAAAAUCCUCGCCAAUCAACUCCUUAGCCUGUCGCCUAAGUUGCAUACUAGCUACUUGUAAUGCGCAUUUUGGUGGAAAAAGUGGAUUUGCCCAGCUUUGGAUUGCAUUUAUUAGGGAGCUUCGCUUUAUAUGGAAUUCCAGGCUCUCUAUUCAAGGAAUUUCUGGCGGGUUUCCUGACACACGCACUUGUCUGCUAAACCAAAAACUGCAAAUGCUUAACUAUUGCAUUGAGCGUUCCAAAUGUCAAAAGUAUGAUAACAAAAACCAUUCAAGCGACAUGGAUAAGACCACUCCGCAAGGAGCAAAAGUAGAUGAGAAAAGUUUCAAAGAAAUUUCGGAUGAAACCGGCGAUGAAGACGAAGACGAGUUCUUUGACUGUGCAGAAUAUGUUCCAGAAGGACGCGACAAAAGAUUGGGGAAUGAAAAUAUAUUGGGAAGUAAUGAACCAUUGUACAUUCCUAUAACACAAGAUCCUGUUCCAAAAACAGAGGAUCAUUUGCAUGCAGAUGCAGAGGCCAUGCUGAAAUUAGGAUCUGGUUCAGGGUUGAACAUUCAAAUGAUGUCCUCUUCUUUACUCUCUGAUAUGGAGGCGUUUAAAGCCGCAAAUCCAAAAGGAAAAAUGGAGGAUUUCAUACGUUGGUAUAGUCCAAAGGAUUGGGAAACGGAUGAUUCCGGAAUGGCGCAAUUGAGUGCGCGCAUGCGAGUUCCGGAAAAUACUUGGCAAACAGUAUGGAAACAGGCACAACCGGUUCCAGCAAGCAAACAGAAACGUUUAUUUGAUGAAACAACGGAAGCGCUGAACGUUUUAUCGUAUUUAGAAACUAGAAAUGUAGGUGAAAUCUACGAUUUGGUGAUAAUAACGGUGCUGCAUGCGGCGAUAAUAAAGUUUAAGACUAUAUUAGAAAACGAGAGAAUAUUAGACAUUUUCGAGUCUAAAAUCGAAGCAUUACUUGCUGACUUAUGUCAUAUAUCACGCGAUGACGAGAUUAUUGGAGCAAAAGGAUGUGACAUUCAACAAACAAAAUCAAAAUUCGAAGAUCUGAUUAAAAAACUUGAAGAAUAUGAAGUUCAGUUCUUCCAAUAUAAAUGCUUUGAACAAUUGACAGGGUACCCAGGCAAAAUAACCUUAGAAAAAGUGAAAAACAAAUUUAAAGAAAUUAUUGAAAAUUCGAAUAGGUGUAGCUUAUACAAUUCAGAGGGCAUCGGUAAACAUAUUGUCGAAUCCAAUGGCGGUGAAUUGUGUAGCAAUUUGAUAAUGAAGGAAUAUGUUUUGCGAGUGAAUAUGGCUGCUGGUCCACAUUUCUUACGGGCUAUUGUAACAGGCGAAGAAGUACGUUUAUGUGGUGCCUUUACUGAGAACACUACACUGAUUUAAAGAGAAUACUUUGAUAAUAAACUACAACCCAUAACCGAAUUAUUCUAAGAUUAAGAUACAAUAUAAGAUUUAUUAAAAAAUGAAUGUCCUUAGUUUGGAAAAAGGGUAUUAUUAAUAUAAAGAUAUAUUACUUAUAUACAGAGGUUGUCAAAAUUAUUUACACAUCGGACGUUUUUUACAAGUUUCACACAAAAAGCUUUCGUUUGUUGUUGUUGUUGUCGCAGGGUAACAAAAUGCUAUGUUGUUGUAAACCUUGAACUAUUCCCGAGCGAAUGAAGUCCGUUUGGUAAGAAUAGCUAGAAAUAUAGCUGAGAAAUAAGCAAAUGAACUGAAGACUCGCAGGUGUCAAAAAUAUUUACACACAUUUUUUUUGCGUCAAAAGUAUUUACACACGGCGAUUAAGCCUUUAUCCUUCGAUUUUGUUUUAGCAAGAGUAGUAAUUUGGUUCUAUUGCAUUCAUAAUAACCUAACUCAGCCUUAAAAUAUACAAAAUGGUAAAUAAAAUGUCGAAAACAAAGAAAUUAUCGAUUAUAACUAGAUUGGAGACUGUUACUAAGUUUAAGACUGGUGUUUCGGCUUCGGAGUUAGUAAAAAUUUAUAGAAUUUUAAGGAAUACUGUUUAAAAUUUUAUUAAAAAGAAGGAGACGAAGAAUUGCAAGGAUACUUUAAAGAGAACUGGGCAGAAACCUGUGAUAACUCCAAGAUAAUGCAGAAGAUUAGUAGUAACUGUCAUACAAAAUCCCACAAUUAGUCCUCUUAAUAUUGCAGCACCAUCGAAUCAGCAUAUUGCAUGAACAGUCAAUGAUGCUACACUGCUCAGGACCUUAAAAAAAGUUAAUAUAAAUGCCUACGUUGUGCAUAAAGUGGUCAAUAUUUCCGAACCCAAAAAGCAAUAUUCCUCUUGUUUGACUUAAAACUGAAGCCUGUAGUGGGCAAAUAAAUUAUUAAUUAUUAGUUCCAGUACUUCUUUAGUAAACCCUUUAUCCAUUUACCACGUGAGAAGAAGAAUAAUGCACUUUAGACGCUAAAUAGAGUCGGGAGUGGCAUUGCGAUUUUUUGGGGAAAUUUUUCUUACUUCUGUUUUGGAGAUUUGGUUCUAAUUCAGGGACCCUAAAUCAUCCGGAUAUAUCAGAAUUCACAUGAUCAAGCCAUUGUAGAGGUCCGUCGGCCUUUUCCAACUAUUCACUACAUUUUACAACAGGACAAUGCUCCAUUUCAUGAAGGAUCUUUACCUACAAAUAUUUUAAAUGAAGCAAAUCAAGUUGACCUCCGCACAGCCCUGAUCAAAACUAUAGUCAAAAUAUUUGGUCUUUCGUUAAAAAUCAGUGGACGAUUGAUAUAAUAACCGAAAUCGCCGAUAUUACCGACAUUUGGUCUUAAUUAACUGUUAACUUAGCGCACAAUUGUGUUGAAUCAAUUCGGACCAUAAAGCAAGCUGUUAUUGAUGUCAAUGGUAAUGUAACCAAUUAUGAAUCUAUCGUCUUAGAAUAGGAAUUUAUACUGAACAUUAAAAUUUGAUAAUUACACUGUGAUAGUUUUUUUCCAAAAAAAAAAAGACAAGACCAAAUUCGACGGUUUCCCCCUAUUUCGGGUCCUACGAAUCGAACUGCAUCAUUACUUUUUUGAGUUACAAUCAUGGUUUCAUACAAAAUUUUUUUUUGAAGUUUUUCAUCAAAGUGGCCCAUUGUAAGAGAAAGGCACUUUUUUCUUCGGUCUCUAACUUUUUUAAUGUUGACUUUUUUGGUAAACUUUCUUUGGCAAAGCUUCUCAGAAUAAGUCUGUCUUUAAGUUCUUAGAGGACUGUAAACCCCAAAAUCAAUGUUUUUUGUGUCCUUAUAGCCAAUAUGUCGAAAAAACUGAAAUUUAAUCCAUUUUUUUAAUGUUUUUGCCCUCAGGUUUCGUCAAUAUUUUAAUUUACCCUUUGAUACUUAUACAUUAAGUGACAUCUUGUAAUAGUAAGAAACUUAAGCAAAGACAACGUUCUGAGAAAACUAACCAUUAGAAAAAAAACUUAACAAAAUUUGUAUUUUUUAAAAAAGCUACACUAACUAUGUUUGUAUGCUAUUUUAUUCUUUUUGUAUCUUAUAACUGUUAUCAAUAAGUAUCAUAAAUUUGUAUACAAUAUUUAAAUUAAAUUUAAUAAGACAUCUAUCAAUGUCCAACACAAAUCAGCAAGCAACGAGUCAAGCUUUUUUCCGCUGUACCAAUGCUCAAGGGGGCGGCGACUUGAUGAAAUCUGUCUCCAUGCUCAUCGGAUUCAGUCGGAACUUGCUGCUCAAAAUGGUCCUUGUGAUGGUGAAAGAAAUAAAUUUUUAAGGACAUAUUCACACCUAUUUCUUCAAAAGCGUCUACCAUGUCAUAUACAUAUUUUUUCCAAUCUUCAGACCGGUGCAUUCCUAAGCAAUGGUUUAUAAUGUGAUGGGGUGUCACUUAAUGUAUAAGUAUCAAAGGGUAAAUUAAAAUAUUGACGAAACCUGUGGGCAAAAACAUUAAAAAAAUGGAUUAAAUUUCUGUUUUUUUUACAUAUUGGCUAUAAGGACACAAAAACCAUUGAUUUUGGGGUUUACAGUCAUCUAAGAACUUAAAGACAGACUUAUUCUGAGAAGCUUUGCCAAAGAAAGUUUACCAAAAAAGUCAACAUUAAAAAAGUUAGAGACCGAAGAAAAAAGUGCCUUUCUCUUACAAUGGGCCACUUUGAUGAAAAACUUCAAAAAAAAUUUUGUAUGAAACCAUGAUUGUAACUCAAAAAAGUAAUGAUGCAGUUCGAUUCGUAGGACCCGAAAUAGGGGGAAACCGUUGAAUUUGGUCUUGUCUUUUUUUUUGACUAUCACAGUGUUAUCAUUAAAAGCCAACAGGAUAAUCCAUUAAAAGUUGUGUGUAAAUACUUUUGACUCAAACAAAUUUGUAUAAAUACUUUUGACUACUGCGAGUCUUCAAUUCAUUUUCUUAUUUCUCAGCCAUAUUUCUAGCUAUUCUUGCCAAACCGAAUCCAUUCGCUCGGGAAUAGAUCAAGGCUUACAACAACAUAGCAUUUUGUUACCCUGCGACAACAACAACACCAAGCGUGUGUAAAUAAUUUUGACUGCCUCUGUAUUUAUUUUUGUCAAUAACAAAUAAAACUUUUAAUUGUUUUUUUCUCAGAAAUGCUAAAUAAAAAAUUGAGAAACAAUCGUGUA